AGAUCGUCUUGAAGUGCGAGAACGUGGACUAUUUUCCAAAAGAGGAGUAUAGCCCUGACCCAAAUGAUUCUACUAUGGCAAUACCAUACGCUGUGAAGCGGGCGUCAGCAUUCAUCUUCAUGAGCUGCGUCACCCUCCUACUCGGCUAUUUGCUCUGCGUCCUCGGCACACUCUGCAGGCGGAGGCCCGUCAUAUCUUUUGCGUCGGGAGUUGCCUUUAUACUCUCAGGUCUUCUUAUUCUAACGGGGAUGGUGAUCUACAUUUCAACCUUCAAAUCCGAAGUUGGUAACAAGUUGCGACCCAAAUCGUCUUUCCAAGGGCCAAUGUUUCGUUAUCACUAUGGUUACAGUUUCAUUCUGGCCGUGUGUGGUCUCAUGAUGUGUGAACUAGCGGGAACGUUUACAAUCUUUCUUUUCAUCCACUGGCAUAAAGUGGAUAUUAAGAAGAAACAGCAACACACCAGGCACCACCAUCACCACUUGCAUCACCAUUCGCAACACAAAUACUCGGAUUUUGUGGGGAUUGAAGAUCACGCGCAGUGCAGGAGACACAGAGGGGGCAGGAGGGGUUCGAAAGUGGACACCAGCCCCUCAGCAAAUAGAGGAUUGCCGGGUAGGAGGACCUUGCAGCAGCCGCAGACGCCUCUUCCCGCAUCCGAGUCAAUGAGGGACUUGGCUUAUUACAACUUCCCGCCUUUCUCCAGGGACACUACGUGCAACACAGUGUCCACGUCUGCCGACAUCGCCAGGGAAUAUUCAAGAGAAUUCUCUUUUGAGGUUCUCAGGCGAACCACUCCUGUUUGAGAAUAGGCCUUUUUUAAAAGACCAAAAAUGCCUCCCUUUUAGAAGUAAUAAAUAUAAAGAAUGGGCCCUAAGAGCCCUCCUUUGAAGGGAAGAAAGUGCUUCCCUUCUAUUAACAAUUUUUUAUGCCUCCUAGAACAAGGAUUUUGAAAACAUUCCACGGAGAAAUAUGAGGAGAUGAUACUGAGAACUAGGUUGAUAGUGGAAUCGUUCUAAAAUUCCAAUAAGUAUUAUAAAUAACUUUUAUCUUUAAUUUCUCGAGUUGAAUAGUUUAACCUAGGGAAUUUUUUACUUGUGAUAAAGAUAACAGGGUGUUACCAAUAAUCAGAAUUUAAAUGAAUUAUCAUUAUUUUAAACUAGGCUAUUUUUUUCCUUUUUAUAAAUAAUUUUCAAAAAAUAAGCAACUGACGAUGAAUAAGGAUAUUUUGAGUAGGACCGAAAUCCAUUAUAAACAUUAUUUUUUGUUAUGAAAGAGUGAUUCAAUUUCAGUUGCUUAAAUUACAAAUUAGGCAUUUCGUCGUACUUACUCCUUCAAUUCAAACAGUUUAUUCUAUUUUUCUUGCUUUAUUAAACAAUUUCUUUUACACUCUAGGAAACUUGCUUUGAAGGAUAAAAAUCAUAUUAAGAUUUAAGAUCAUAUUAAUAUAUUAAGAUUAAGAGUAUUCAAUAUCUGAAUAUUCACUGGUGAAUGUAACGAAACUGUGUUAUCAGCGUAAUCUUUUCUUCUAAAUUACUUUCCAUACUACAACAGUACUAAUAUAACUCAGGGCUAAUAUGCAGUGGCUUAGCUAGGCGGGAGCAAGGACGACAUCCUGACGCAGCAUCCAGGGGGCAGAAAAUUGAUGCUACGAAAUUUUAGAAUUAAUUUUUUUCCAUUCUUGACAAACAGGAGGAGGCGCGAAAUCUUUAGUUGUCACAGUUCGCUGAAAAUUACAAGGCACUACGGCUGUACUUAUAUAUUUAAUUCUACAGUUUUCUUUCUACCAAGAAACUAUUAAAAAUUUUAAUUUUCUCUUAAAUCUCUUAAAUUUAAAUCUUCUUCCUUUGAAAACUCUAUUUCGAAAAUAAUUAGUAAAACAUAAUUUAUCAUAAAUGAAUUUUAGAGAAAAACUUACGUUUUAAGAAAAUAAAUAUGCUGUGUAUAGCCCUGCGAAACUAUGAUGUAAAAAUAUGUAAGGCUGAAAGCAUCCUCAUAAACAUACACAACGCUAAAAUACAUUGUAAGUAAUGUCAUGUUGUUGUUCUCUAAAAUAACUACAUAUAUACCAGUUUAUAGACCGCUAACCCAUAGAAGACAAUUAUUGAAUAAAAAUUUGUCUCCAAGAAGUUUGUUUGAAAAUCUACGAGUUAAUGGUAAGCCUAAGCUAUUGCAUUUUGUUGCAGUUGGGGAUACAUAAAGGUAAAAAAAAAAAACAGUUUAAACUAUCAUAUUUUCAAGGUUAAAUGUUUUAGUUGACUAUGCUACAGUACAUCUAUUAAUAAAUCUCAAAUGUCGGAUUAUUGCUUUCGAUGUACUUUAAAUUUAGCUCCUAGAAUUAAUGUGUAAUUUUUAUAUUUUCUUAUAUUCCAGUUUAUAUUCCAGUUUAAAAAAAUUCUAGUUGCAAUAAAAUUAGUGUAUUAUGUAUAAUUCUGCUUCUCUUGAAAACAUUUAUUUCAAGUAUUAUAAAAAAAUAAGCUACUUUUAUUAUUUUUAAGACUGCAUAAUUAUGUCUUUAUGUUUAAUCAUAUCAGUGGUGGCUGAAAAAAUAAUAUUUCUAGCCGAAAUUUCGCUUUUAUUGUCUUUAAGUAUCCCUUUCUUCUAUGCCGUUUUCUCGAAAUAUAAAAUGUAUUUUAUUUCCAUAUCUUUACAUGUUUCUGCAAAAAUGUUUUAUCAUUAUAGAUACUCAAGUCUUGAAAAAUUUGGAUAUUUCUCUAAAUUUUAUGGAAAUUAAUUAAAGAAAAUGCAUAAAUUGUAUAACAGAGAAAUUGCAUUCCACUCUCACUCUGGUUUUUGAGAUCUCAAUCAUCAGUCUUUAACGAAGAUAGGAUAUUAAAUACCUAAUGUUUUGCACUUUUUAAAGAAAAAAUAUAUUGUACGCUUUUUAAUACACGCAGUUACGUUUAUUCCUUUUUUUUAAUUUAAGAAGGAAGGAAGAAUGUGUAUUUGAGACCGAUAACUGAAAUAUUAUUUUAAAUGAUAAGUUAAUACUUAAGCUAAUGGGAUUUGAUGAAUGAAUUUGAUGCUAAAUGAAUUUGAUGUUGCCGCCCGCAAAACAGAUAUAUGUAUAUAUAUAUAUAUUGUGUGUGCAUAUAUAUAUACAUAUAUAUCAUCGGCAGCACCUCUAAGCUAAAAAAAAGACUAGACUUCAGUUCACUGUCAAAUGCUCGGCUAUCUUGUUCACUUUCAAAUGUUGAAUUUCGCUUAAUUUCUGCUAAAUCUGAAACCGUUUGGAAUAUCAGGUAUCAUAUGUACUGAGUUUAUUUUACUUUAAUACUGUUCAAAUUUUUGCUGCUACCAGAAGAAAAGAAAAUUUAGAAGCUCACAGUUCUCUUUAUAGCGGCCGAGUGGUUGACCUGGGUUCGCCCGGCUGCCUGUUUUCGUUGUUUUCCUCAACUGUAACGUGAAUACCAACCAGCUUCGCUAAGACUGUAACAGGAUUAAUGGCACAUAUUUCUAUAAUUUAUUUCCAUCUCACGCUUUUAUUUCUGUACGCUUCCGAAUUUUUAUAGGAAUAAUUUAACUUUUAUGUAGAAGUAAAUAUAAAAAAUGCAAUAAAAACCAGGAGGAACGUCUAGAAAAUUCUCUGUUUUAUAUCUCUGCAUUGUUUUUAAUGGCUCUUAAAGUUGUGAUGUGAUAGAGCUAUAAUGUGAAAAAUGGUUUUUCAUAGUUUUAAACCUAUUCAAAUAAAAAAUAAAUUGAAGGCCUAAAUUUCUAUGCAUAAAAAUAUCACUUUGAAAUUCAUAAUAUAUUACAGCUCAAAUUAACAUUUCAUGAAUAAAAAAUAUAGCAUUCUGAUGCAUACCUUUGUAACUUCGAUGAAACAAACUUUUAAACAUGUAUAGUAAAAACAACUAUAGAUGAGUUAUGAAUUCUCAUAUUAAUGUAAAUAUGAAUAAAGGUUAAGGAUUAGAAAACCCUUAAUGAGUUAAUGGUAACAAGUUAAUGAUAAGUACUUCAAAGACGGGUCAUAUACUAGUUGUAAAUAUUUAAACAUAUUAUAAUUUAAAUCUGUUAAAUCUGAAGCAAAACAUUGCUCUUCUCAAUAUAAAUGUAACCAACUGAAAUAUCUUAUAAGAUAUAAUAUGAAUAUUUUCAUAUUUAAAUUUUCGAGGUUUAGAGAUUAAAAUUCAACCGUAAAGAAUAAUUUGUUAAUAUUUUAGGUACGAAUAAUUAAGCAUAGCUGUAAUUUUUGCAUAGUUAUUUCUCAAGUUUCCAUACGCAAUCUUUUUCCCAGGUACCAACUGUUUAAAGUGAAUAAGCUCUUUCAGCAUACGCAGAAUUACCAAAAACACAGCUAUCUAGACACUAAACUUAGAAUUCCCAAACUAUCUCGACUAGCUGGCAGUCACUUGUAGGGAAAGGAGAAACAUAGCACUAAAAAUGAAAAAUUUACCAUGGAGGCGAAAUUUUAUCAACGGCUCACGGAGCAAUAACUUAACUACAUUUACUCAAACACAGAUGUUUAAAAAAAUAGUAUUUCUCCUUUUUAAAUAGCCUGUUAUAAUAACAUUUCGAAGCCUAUUUUACAGGAGAUCUUUCAAGUGAUCACUGGUAGAAUAUAUUUAAACUCAUCUCUCCUAUGUGAUUUUGUGAUUCAUAAAAUUUCUUUGCGUUCCGCCUUUCCAGCUCAGCUAAUCCUUUCUUGGAAGAAUUUCUUGUAACAUUUCGAAGUCAACCAAAAAUUAGUAGUGAGUUAUAAAUACUGCGCAUAUGUGACAGCGAAAUGACUACUUUUUUUUCUUGUAGAGGGACUAGGAUUGAAUUUUUACCACCGAAAUCUACGAAUGUUAUACGGCCUAUGGAUCAAGGGAUCAUCAGAACUUUUAGGCCAAACUUUUUGAAAUACUUAAUGAUUUUGAUGUUUCUCGAUAUAAAAGGAAGAACAGAUUGUCUUGAAAUGCUAAUGUAAUUAUACUCGAAGGGAUACGUUUAAUGAACGAUGAUGCAUGCGAACACAUUGCAUCAACAUGCAUUAUCAGUUGCUUCCGUAAGGCAGGAUAGGACAUUUUUCAAGAGGGGUAAAUCGCCGAAGAAAAAGAAGUAGCCAUCUUGGAAAAUUUGGGUAUGACUAGGGAAGAAUUUGAAAAUUAUAUAUCUGUUGACCCCAAUUUUAUCACUUCUGAAUUAUGUAUUCCCGAGGAUAUUGUAGCUUAAGUUGAAGCUAAAGCAGAUAAAAAAUAAUGAAAGCGGCGAUAAUAACGAUGAAUGUGAAGCGUUUAAAGUCGGGCCGCCCGCAGCAUACUUACUGUCUCUUGAGUGCUCAGAAAAAAUUCUAAUGUUUUCGAAGCUAGAGAUGCAAAUGACGUUGUUUUCCGGACCAUGAGUCUUCUUCGAAGAACAACAACACAAGAAAGAAACAAUAAGACAGGUCAAAGUAAGUUAAUUAACUACUUUUGUACUGCACAGAAAUAAAAAAUAGAAUAUUUAUAAUAUAGUAAGUUCAUAUGAAUUUUUAUGAUUUUUCACGAAUCCGUUUUUUACGAGCAAUCGGUUUAACGUGCAAAUAUCGCGGUCCUUUCACGUCCUUAUAAGCGAGUGUGACUGUAUUUUAUCGCAUAUAAUUGUUCCGGUCAACUGCAGCACUUUCACAUAUACGAAAACAUAGUAUAACAAACAGCACAGUGGACACUACACAGUAAACACUACUUCAUGGAUAUCAACGCCUCUGCUCAAGAAUACAUAAAUCUAAUAGGAAUAACGAAUAAUAUUCUGAAACCGCUGAACACGUAAGCCCUUCUUCUUUUUGUAGUUGCACCUUUACAUGUUUCUUCGUUAACAGAAAGUUUCAUACUGUGGCCAUUAUCGCAUAUUCGUUUGCCAGGUAACAGACAUCUUUCUUGAAAAUAAGGAUAAAUACUCCAUUACUUGAUUAGUUAAAGAUUGUUAACGUCUUCGUAACGAAAAUCUGCAAUGAAUAUAUUCUAAAAUAAACAAUGCGAAUUUGAAAACCUCAUGAAAAAGGAAUAUAAUAUAAGAACACGGCAGCGAGAGCAAAAAUGCCACACGGUGCUAAGAUACGAUUGCGUGACGAGGUAUAAGAACAAGCAGGUAUCUCGAUUGAUUGACUUCAGUCUCAAAGGCCGCUGUAACAAAGAAGCGCCGAAGUUUGUGUAUUUCUUAUUACUGAAACCCCCACCCGCCCCCACGAAAAGUCAAUGGAAAAGUAUUUGUCUGUCGUAUUUUUCUGUUCCUGAAUAAUAAUAAAUGGAGGCAUUCUAUGAGAAAAAGAAUUUUUAUAAGAGAAAAAAUGUAAAUGUCGCCAAUUAAAUUUUCCUUAUCGAUGGACACUAUUUCUUUUUGGCCCUAAGCUUAAAAAUAAAGUGUGUAAAUUUACACGUGCUUAAAACAUGCAUGUGGUACAACGUACAUGCAUUGGCUGUUUGCAGUGUGUAUAUUCCUAAAAUAUGCCAGUAAUACGGAUAUUGAACUCUAAAACAGGAGUGAAAAUAAAAUGUAUGCAGUUUCUAGUUCUACGUACUGCAAUGUAUUCAGUACACAGUAAUUUUGUUUCAAAUUAGUUUUUACCCCAGUAUUUCUAAAUUACAAUACUUUUUACUUCAGUAUAUUGACUUUAUUGUUAAAAUAUAAUUUCAUCUUUAAUUUUAUUGUCUUCCAGUACAGUUCUGAAACUCAGAUUGCAUCGGAAGAGAUCUAGAUAUCAUUAAGAUGGCUUCAAUGCAAAAAUGAUGCAUAUCAUAUUAAAUAGUUUGUAAAAAACUGUCCGUUCACAAUAUAAAGGAAAGAGAAAUUCGAUUGUAUAAUUUCUUUUAACCGAAGUGAACAGAUUAACUAAAUGAAUAGAAAAUUCCAAAAGGGUACUUAUGUAUUAACGUAUUUUAAAAUUGAGUUUAGGGCUAACUGAAAAAUUGUUGCGCAUGGUUGAAAAAUGUAAAAAUGGUUAUUCGUCAGAUUGGUCAAGAGACUGGCGCGUUCUGAAAAUUUGGCGAAUGAAUUCUAUUAAGAAAAUUGAGAUAAUACAUAAAUACCUCCAAAAAUUAUGAACAUUUUCCAUAAGUAUGUGCAACGAAGUUCCCUAAACUAAUAGAAAAUUUGGAAUAAAUAUUGAGGAACUUUUUUUUUCAUUUAUAUUCUCUGUCAUCUAAUCCCAAGUAUGUAACAGAAAAAAAUUGUAUUAAUAUAUAAAUAAAAUUAUUAAGUUACUGAAAUUGAAUUUUUCUUAAUUCAAUAAUUAUAACAGAAGUUGUUAAGAAUAUAUCAAAAACCAAAAAAAAAUUAAAACGAAUUUGGAGUCGCUUUUUCAUAAGAGAUGCUGGCAACGCAGUGGAAAAUGCCAUUAAAAUUUAACAGGAUAAAAGCCACAUAAAAAGAUCUUCUGCAAGCGGGUAAGAGGAAUCUGCUGUCUUCUCAGUUUAGUGAAAUGUUGCUGGACAAAAGACUAAACACUUUCCCUUUUUCAAACGCCUUAUUUUUUAAACUCUGGUGUAAGUAUUUUGCUCCAUAAACAGUUUUAAUCUCCAGAUAUACUGACGCUGUAAAAGUAUUCUCUGUUAUUCUUAAAACAACUAUUUAAUAUUACGAGAGAUAAAAAAUAAUUUGAGAAAGAAUUAAAACAUUGAAACUGGAAUAUGUACUUGUUUACCUAAAUAACAAGGGAAUAAUAGAUUAAAAGUACGAAUAGAAAGAAAAAUAAUAAGAUUCCUUGAAAGAUAAAAAGAAGAACAAAAGAAAUAAAAAUAAAGAAGCUAUAAUAACAAUAAUAGAAAAAUAAUAAAAGUAAAAAGAAGAGAUAAUAAUAAAUUUAAUACAAUAACAUUUAAGUAAAAUUUCUCUCUUAAAACUAUACUUACAUGACGAACAGUGAUCAGAACUUCGUGCAAUAUUCUUUUACUAGUUGCUGAAAAGCUAACAUUUAUUUUUUUAUUGUAAAGGACAAUUUCCUUUAUGAUCCAUUAAUGCUUCUAAGUUAUACAAGCAUUCUACUAAUGCUUUCAAUAGCCAUAUUAAUGUUCUAACUACGCAUCAAGUGAGCCUAGUUUUUCGAGCUUAUUUUAUUUUAUCAUUUAGCUAUUACAGUUUGAAUGGCGUACAGAAGAGGAAACUUAGACUUCGAUUUCUUCGCUAGGGACGUACGUCAAUACGUUUCAAUACUACUUAUCUCAUAUAAUAAUAAUUUUACUUUACGUUGUUAUUAUGAAUAGUUUCUGCAAUUAUGUAUUGUUCUUAGGAAUCAGGGAACUGAAAGAAGAAUUUAGAUUGGAGGAAAAGAAAGAAAAUAUAAUUCCAGUUAAGACUAUAUAAGAACCUAAGCGACGCGAUUCAACCAGUUAAAACUAAUAUCAUGUCAAACAUGUUUGAAUGAUCCAGGAUUUAUUAAACUUGUUUGAAUUAUUUAUGACAUCGUACUUCGUCAAAGAGUUAUAAAUUAUUUAUACAUUUAUAAAUUAUUUGUUAGAAAGAAAGUCUACAAAAUUUAAAUAAUUCUACAGCAGAAUCCAAAAAUUUUAUUAGGGAAAUACUGUAUCUCACUUUCUCUUGUUAUCAAUGAAUAAAUGUUAUCAAUGUUAAAUUUCUUAAGAGCUUAAGAAUUUAUAAGGUAACCCUAUCUUGUAAAUUCGAAAAGCUUUGUACCAAAUGUAAUGUGUGUUUAGAAUUUAUAUCUGACCAUACUAAUUUCGCUUUAAAUUUAGGAAUGUUUUAGAGUACUUAUUAACAAAGCUAAGAAAAAGGGCAUCAGUUUAAUCUCACCAUUACAACCAUUAAUACCCAUUUAUUGUUACAAAUUAAAAACAUUUUAGAGUUAAAUUACUUCUAAAAUUUAAAAAGGUAAAGAUAACAUAACAAAGAAUUCUUUUUUCAUACGGCAAAUGAAUUCAUUGUUCUUAAUAUAAUAUCUCAGAGAAUUCACAAACGUAAUAUAAUGAAUAUGUUAUUUAUAAGCAAUGAAAUAAAAAUUUAACAUAGAAAAAUGUAUACGGUGAAGAAAUGUUUAAACUGGAAUCCCAAAUAUAAUAUAGUCGAUUUCCAUUUCGCAUUUCAUUCUAACUUAACUAACCUUCGGAAAAUGUCUUAAAUAUUUAUUAGACAUAUGUUUUUCCCACAAUCUUGAAAUAAAUAUUUUCGAAUAUUAUUCUUAUACUGAAAAAUCUAACUGAAUAUAUUUUGACAUCACAUGAUACAAAACUGCUUAAAUUUCAACUAAAAUGAAACUCUUUAAUAAAGUUAAAUACUUUUGUUGAAGAAAGAUGCUUUAAAAGGCGAAACUAGUUAAUGUUCGUUAGUUAUAACUAAUCCUUGUGGUCUUAAGGGAAGGGCAUUAUAAUGAGCAGGCCUUAUAACGAAAGUGAAUUUCUUAUAUUCUUAUCAAUUAGGAAUAUAUUAUACCGUUGUUGUAAAGGAACGGCCUCUAUAAACAGUAGCUGCUAUGACGAGCAAUGUCCCUUUCUUGAAGGGUUGUGAGCGAAGAUAGUCGAAUAUUUUGACUUCCUUUCCUGCCCACAUGCAAUCUUUUUAUAUUGCAAAGAGUCCGCUAUAUACUUUCUAGAAGAUUCUUGGUCUGAGCAUAAAAUAAAAUAGACAAGUUCUUUAAGAGCCAUUUGCGGCUAGUCCAGAGGAAGGAUUUAUAUAUUGCUACUACUAAUAGUUAUAAAUUUAAAGACGUUAUUCAAGUUUUAAACCGAUAUUUAUACAAUAUUCUUCCUGUAAUGUUUAAAAAACCAUUUUAUAAUAAUAAUAUAGCCCUGCGUUUAGCAUGGUAGCACUUAACAUGCUAUAACACGAUUGUUAUAGCAUGUUAAGUGCUACCAUGCUAUAACAAUCGUGGAGUUAGUUCCCAUGGCCUAACCAAAGGUGCUGCUGAGCGCUUUGCUCGAGCGAUUGGUCUCGUUGGCCAAAAAAGGACUACUAGAUGAAUCCAGUUGGCAAAUAAAUUUUACACUUCGUAUACUUAUUGUAUUUCGUAGUGAAUAGGUAGGUUAAAAACGGCUAGUUCAACCGACAGUGCUUCUUAACAGCUUUCUCAGCUGAAGAUAGUGAAGCAAAUUUAGAUUUAUAGUAGUUAUAAAGUUGAAAAUACUUAUUAGGACUCAUUUUUAGUACAUUUUUUUCGUUUAUUUCACCAUUUGCAAUAUAUAAUAAUAUUUAUGCAGUGCUGUUUUGCGCGAAAUAUUUUUUACCUCUGUCAACCCUGAAUGCAACUAUGGCAUUGUUUGGUUACGAGUACUUAAAAGCGGUUUAAAAUAAAUAUUAUUAUUUCAUUAAGUUUUUAAGAUAUUUUUUCUGUAAUUAUAAAAUUGGUUGUUAAAUUCAUCCGCUUUAUCGUAAAGUGCUGCUUCUCUUUUCUUGAUACUUGUAAAAUUCUGUUCCAUCGCUGGCAUCGCAUCUGAAAGAUAUAUGAUUAAUUAUUCUCGUUGUUUCCUUUUUUUUGAACGUUUCCUACCUAUUUUGUGUUAAGAAAUUUUCAAAUAAAUAUUUUACCGAAAAGCUCCAAGUAUAGAUUAUUUUCUUUUUAAAACAUGGAAUUUUGCAUGUUAUGUGUAAUAACUGACUCAUUUGUCUUAGAUACUGCGUGAGUGUUCUAUCAAGCUAGACAUAAAAACACUAAAGUGGUAAAAGUCGUCAGCUACUGAAAACCUUAUCCAGGAAUUUAGUUAUAAUGAUUACAAAAACUAACAAAGCGCGUUUUAGAAAAUAGUACAGUGAGACUUUGUCUAAUAAAUUUGUUCUACAUCUUCAGGCAUUAAAAUAUCUUUCUUAAACCACUAGGGCAAUAUGCUCUUAACCCGGCUUAACGCGUAACUACCAACUACAAGAAAAUUCGUAACAGGCGAUUCUAUUAAGGGUAUCGAUUCGUAGUUGUUGAGAUGGUAUGAUUCCUCACUGGCAAGUUUUAACAUUUAUCGCUGACUCUGCUACAGCGAGACAAUUGCAAGUCAGUGCGUGUCUAAGUAGGAAUUAACUAAUAAUUGACUACUGGAAGAAGUUUCUGUUAUACGUAUAUGCCAAUUACAAGGUACUCGUAAGAUCUCUCCCCACUCAGAGAGGCGGAAAAUUCUGUGUGGUUAUUGGCAGUUACUAUGUAUUAGAAUUAAAAAUUUAUCUAAAUAUGAUAUGGCUAAAUUAAACUAGUUUAUGAAAUUCAAAUCCUAAAAAUUGUCGUUUCAGUCAAUGUAUUUUACAUUAUUGAAAACCUGGAAGAGAUUUUGAGAUGAAUUUCAUGAGAAGUCCAUGUGAUAUUUACAGGAAUGAAGGAAAUGCAAAAUACUACUCUUACGCAAAGUAAAAUUCAAUCUCGAAGCUAUUCUCAAAAUUCAAUUAAUUUUUGAGGUUUCAUAAUCUUAGAUUUUUCAACAGAUCUAAAAGACACGAAAACAUAUGUUAGUUUCACGCUUAUUAUAAAAUAAGACGAGAAAAAUAAAUGCUUUCUUUUAUUCAGAUGGGAAAGGGGAAAGAAAAAAGGUUUAUAAAAGUUAUUCUUUUAAUUUACUUCUGUUAAAUUAAUAAUAAAAAACAUUCUAAAGUACAGGGUGAGCACAAAAACAGUCCUCGGUUUCGAAUGGGGAUAAAUUUAAUACCGAAAGGACUAUCUUGCCCAAAUUUUUAACAUAGUUACAUAAACUCAUAAACUUUUUGGUGGUAUUGGUUUUAAUCACAAACACUCGAUGUGCGCGCCACCUGUUACGCGGGAAACAUCGAUGCGGUAAUUCAGUUCCAACCACACGUUAUGAAGCAUAUCCGGUGUGAUGGAGUUGACAGCAGCACUGAUGCUUUCUUGAAGAUCAUUCAGAGUUGGGGGUAACAAUUUCCUCCGAGACAGAAGGUAGGCCAGAAUGUCCUUUUCCUUUAUCACAAAUGCACUCUGUCUCACUAAAUGUUUUAUGCCACUUCAAAAUGGAUUUGUGCGUAGUUGGAUCAACAUCAAAGUUUCGUUUGAACCCACGCUGCACUCUCACAACACUGCUUUGUUUUUGCAAAUUGUAACACACGCCAGCUUCGUUGUUGUGGGGUGAAUGCCAUUUUCGAUGUCACUGCCCUCUAGCAGUCGAAGUCAUGCGGAGCGAUUCUGUAAAGAAAAGAAAUAAAAAAUAUUUAACUGAGUUGUGGAUAAUACAUUUAUCAACAUACCCAAGUAACUGUUAAUUUUAUGACACCUUGAAAUCAGGGACUGUUUUUGUGCUCAAGAUUUUGUCAAGCCUGGAACUUCUCGAUUCGCACAUGCGGAUCUCUCUAGUGUUUUAUCAUAACUCUGAUACGUCAUCUAACUUCUGUAUAGCAAAUAGGUGCUUGUAAAAUAUAAAAUAUUCAUUGUUUCUUAAUUAAAAUAUGCGUAAACUAAUACCCAUGCAUUAAAAUCAUCAUUUCCUUCAUUAUCCUAAAUUUAACUAGUUUAUGAAGUUGUUCAAAAUUUCUCUCCCACGGCUGAUGAAUAUAAUAUUCCAUUUCAGUUUAAUGUCACAUACCAUAUUGCAAGGUAGCAAAGUAUAUUUUUCCAUUUUCAGAAAUGUAAUCUAAAAGACAUAAACAAAAUAUUUAAAAUCAGUGGAUAGUGCAUCGAUUUAAACAAAUAAUAAUGAGAUGCGCUAGAUGAAAAAGAAAUCGAAACUGGCAGUUUAUGGUGGAAUGACACAGAUAUAAAUAUUGUAGUUGGAGAUGGAUAUACAGCUUUAAAUUAAAUUUAUUUGUUUCAUAAUAUCAACAAUUGUUUCAAUUUUAUAUAUAAAAUAUUUGUUUUCAGUUUAUUGUUAUUUAAAGAAUGUAUUUUUUUAUUAUUUUCGUCAUUACUUUGUAAAUUUAAUCCUAAAAAAUUUGCCUUUUACUUUUUAUUAAAUAAAAUAAAAGACAUUUUUUCUGCAUGACUGCAAUUCAAAAUAAUUUUGAAUAUCAUAGACUUAAAAUAGAAAUCUUAUUUUAUUGGCUUUAAGAGACGAAAAUUCCUGCGGGAUAAGUAAUUAAUAUAGAUUUAUUUCAUCAUUGUGAAAGCAUUUAUGCUGUAAAUCACUUCUAGAAAUGAAAUUAAUUUUAACCAAAUAAAAUGGCAGUAGCAGUAUUAUGAUUUAGAAAUGCCUUUAUGGGUUUUCGAAUAAUAAGCAUUUAAUUAGGAUUUUUUCACAAUGCCAUGGUUUCAAUCAGUAUUGUGCAUUCAUGAGUGAAAACAUUGUUAAAAAAUCUUAAACUAGUUUCACUAUACUGCAUUAAAUAAAAAUAUAAGCCUUACCAUGAAGCUAAGUUUGAAUUGUUAAAUUUAUAAGAAUAGAAGUAGAUUUUCUCUGUCAAUGUUUAAUAAUAAACACUGAUAAGAAAUGUAAAAAAAAUAAAACUGUUUUCAAAAAGUAAAAUUAAAAUCUCACAAUUUAAAAUGAAAUAUUUUUUUUUUUCUCAAAAAAUUUUCUUUUUGAAAUAAAUAUGUUUUGACACAUUGAAAUUUUCCAGAAGCAGCUUUUGAUUUCUUGUUACACUAUUCGAAAAAUAUUAUCUUAUAUUUAAAAAAUAAAAAAAUAAAUUUGUAUUUUAACUAUGCGUUCACUCAUUUCUGGUUAAAAUUCUAACUUGAAUUGCAUAAACUGGAACUCAAAUUUGCUUUUAGUAUUUGUUUAUAAACAAUCCAUAUGCCAUACUUGUGCAUAUCAAGUUCUGCAAUUUGUUUCUUUAUUUUAUGUUUGCUUCUUGUUUUUAGAUAAAACGAGCUAGUACCUUAUCUCUCGCAGCGAUUUUUUGUGUACAAUAAUAGAUUUAAAGUGAGUUUUGAGCAAGUUUAUACUCUGAAAUGUUGAAGAAAUGGAUAUGAAAUAAAGUAUUGUGAAAGUUUGAA